UCCCCAGGGUCGCGCCGUGCGGCCGCCAACUCAGAUUUCUGCACAGUUUUCCCCGGAGAAUUAUCCUUUAAAACAUCGCAAGAUCUCCAGUAACGACAAGGUAAAAUAUCAUCAGGCUUGUAACAAGCAAAGAACAAAACAAGAUCAUGUCAGGUGGAAUGAAAACCCUGCGCAUCAAGUCCGGAAAUGACAUCAAACUUGAUCUGCCAAUCAGCGGGGACCCUCCACCGACGGUCACGUGGUAUAAGGAUAACAAAGAGUUGCGUAAUUUGGGCCGAUACAGCAUCCGGAACACCCCCAUUUCUACCAUACUGAAGGUGCGCGGUGCAGACUGGACAGACGCGGGAGUAUAUACACUAAAGAUUUCUAAUGAGUUGGGAACCAACAAGGCCGAUAUAAAGAUUGAGGUGAUUGGCCCUCCCGACCCCCCUAAGGGCCCCCUGACAGUCAGUGACGUCACCGCUGAAACUGCUGUGCUGACAUGGGCACCACCACAGUACGACGGCGGAGCGGAGGUGAUGAACUACGUUGUUGAGAAGACGGACAGUUUCGGGUUGACCUGGGUGUUCGUGAACACAAACGUACAGAGGAACACGAUCCGUGUGACCGGACUGAUCCCUGAUGGGGAGUACAAGUUCAGGAUCAGCGCAGAAAACAGGUUUGGCACGGGACGUCCCAUCGAGACUGACGUCAUCGUAGCCAAGAACCCGUACGACAUCCCGCCCUCCCCCCGAGGCGUGCGGAUAGUGGAUGCAACCGGUGAAACCAUCAUAUUGGCAUGGCGACCGCCUGCAGACGACGGCGGGUCAGAGAUCACAGGUUACAUUGUGGAACGACGUGAGAAGACCAGCCGCCGCUGGGUGAAAGUUAACAAAACUCCCGUCAGGAAACUGGAGAUCCGUUCACAGGGGCUCGUGAAGGGCCUGGAGUACGAGCACAGGGUGAGCGCAGUGAACGCGGCGGGAGUGGGGACCCCUAGCGAACCAACCGAGCUGGUGGAGAUCAUUGAUCCCGUUGACGAACCGACUGAAUUGAAGGUUACAGAGGUAUCCAGGAAUUCGGUGUCGUUGAAGUGGACAAGGCCCCUUAGCGACGGAGGAAGCCGCAUCGUGACGUACAUCAUCGAGCGACGUCAAAUGAAGGAUGCUGAGGAGACUUGGCUGCUCUGUAACGACUCGAACGUGCAAGACACCAACUUCACUGUGGGGAACCUGUUAACGGAUGAGGUCAUCGUCUUCAGGGUGUCUGCCCGUAACGCCGCCGGGGUCGUCAGUAAGCCCAGCGAACCCACGCCGCCCGUGGUGCUGAGGGACGAGGAACGCCCGCCUGUGGUGCAGGUGGACGCCAAGACUAAGACAUCUCAGCGGAUACGGGCAGGAGAGUCCAUACAUCUCAUCGUCAAUGUCACCGGGAAACCACGCCCUGCUAUCUUCUGGACCAAAGAUGAAGUUGAUAUCCUGAAAGUUUCCGGAGUCAGGGCGACAACUGUAGAAAAGAACCUAGGGCCUACUUGUGAGCUCUAUAUUGCGUCAUCAGAACGUGCGCACAAUGGGAAAUACGUCAUCACGGCUCAAAACGAGUUAGGGCAGGCGUCCGAGACACUGGAGCUUGUGGUCACCGACAGACCACAGCCACCCGAAGAUGUUGAAGUGACUGAGAUCACCCCAGAGACCGCCACAGUCACGUGGCGCCCACCUGAAGACGACGGCGGGUCAGAGGUCACAAGCUACGUUGUGGAAAAGUAUGACUUCAAGGAGAAAGAGUGGACGGAGGUGAAUCGUAAUGUCCGUAAGACGCCCUGCACCGUGACAAGGCUCGUCGGCGGACGGGUUUACAAGUUCGGCGUGCGUGCGCAGAACAUGUACGGCGUCAGCGACAGGAGAGCCACGUCACAGAUGGAGGCCAAAUACAACUUCGAGCCACCUGAAGCACCUGACAUGCCCCGGCCAAUGCAGAUUUCCAGGGAAGAGAUAGUCCUUCGUUGGAACGCGCCCCCGGCGGAUGGAGGCAGUCCAGUGCUCGGGUACAUCCUGGAGAAGAAGACCGGCACGUCUGUGCGCUGGGACCGGGUCAACACGGACCCCAUCGCCACAGAGAUCUACACCGUACCCACCGUGGAGGGAGGGGAGUACGACUUCAGGGUCGCCGCAGUGAACGCAGCAGGGGUGGGCAAGUUCAGUGUGUCGUCGGGACGGAUUGUAGCGAGAAACAUUGGGAAGCCGGGGCCGCCACCCAGUGUGACUGUAGUGGACACCACCAGGUCCUCUGCCACCGUGCGAUGGACACAGCCGGAGGACAAAGGAGGCGCUGCCAUCCAGGGGUACGUUCUGGAAGUUAAAGAUACGAAGACAGGGUGGCGCAAGUGCCACACAUGUGACGUCAUCAAGGGUUGCAACAUGACCGUGACUGGACUAGAUCCGGGUCAGGAGUACCUGUUCCGGGUCAGCGCCGUCAAUGAACAUGGACAGGGAGAGGAGACGGAAACCACUGAGUCUGUAGAAGCUAAGGAUAGACUUGAGCCACCGGAAGUGGAAGUAGACCCCUUGAUGACGCGCGGCACCUCGGUGCAUGCUGGCGAGACUCUGCACCUUAAGGCGGGAAUCAGCGGCAGACCUGCUCCGGAGGUCACGUGGUCCAUCCCACAGGAGGAGCGCGAGGGUCGCAUCGCUGUGGACACUACGACAAAGGACACGCAGCUGUUGGUGAUGAACUGUGACAGGACUGACGCUGGCAGAUACGUACUUACCCUUAAGAACAGCGUUGGUGCCAAGACAAUGACGUUCAGUGUCAAGGUGCUGGACAGUCCGUCUACUCCCGUCAACCUUCGAGUCAAGGACGCCAACAAAAAUCAGGCUGUUCUCAACUGGGAUCCUCCAGAGAAGGACGGAGGUAGCCUGGUCACACACUACAUUGUUGAGAAGAGAGAACAGUCACGACGCACCUGGGGUCCCGUGGAUAGGGAGGUGCAGAGGAACUCCUACCGGGUCAACAUGGUCGAGGGCAACCACUACUACUUUCGAGUCACUGCCGUGAAUGAAUAUGGAGAGGGCGUCCCGGCGGAAACCACGGCACCGACCCUGGCGGCCGACCCUGUUGAGGUGCCCGAUCCACCAAGAUUCCUGGAGGUGACCCAGGUGACGGAAACAAGCAUAGGUCUGUCAUGGGAGAAACCUGACUGGGACGGAGGCGCCAGGGUGGAGACGUAUGUCAUUGAGGGACUAUGGGAAGGCAGCAACUCCUGGACGUUUAUGAAGAACACAUGUCAGACUCACGUGACCCUGAUGGGACUGGACGAGGGGAUGACGUACAGCAUCCGGGUCCGUGCGCAAAACGGGGCGGGAAUCGGGCAUCCGGCGGAGGUGGAGGAGGAUAUCGUCUGCAGACAUCAGGGGAGCCUGCCCAUGGUGGACCUGGGAAUGCUAUAGAACAAUACACUGGAGUAAUCUGUACUAUGGUGAUAAGCUAGAUGACAGUCCCAAGUGCGCAUGUGUAGGCGUGAUGCAUAGCGGUUUAAGGUCAAAGUGUAAGGCCCCUGCCAUGGUCAAUUUCUCUAUCUAUGCCAGGAGCCUUAAACUUUUAUCUCAGACCACAGCUGUGAACAUGCUCACUUUGUACUUGGAAUGUGAACUGACAUUGGAGCCAAUAAAAGAGUCACUGCACGUGACAACAGCUGGGCGCCUCACCACAUUUUGCUUGGAUUAUGUUGAGAGUCAAGUUGCCACUGUACUAUUGAGCUCAAUUUGCCUGUAAAUAUUGUAAUGUGCAAAUGUACAAAAAUGUAAGACUACCUUAUCUAUACAAUGUCAAAGAAACUGAAAGGAGUGGACCAUUUGUAAGAUCAGGACAAAAGAUAUUCUUACAGUGACGUGUCGCUUUUAAAAGUGCGCCCUGACAAUGGCAGUCACAUAUAUAGACACGUACUCAUCUUUGUAUACUGGAUAUGACUUUUAGCACGGCGGUUGUGUGGUCUAUAGUAAAUGAAACCAGGACAUACUUGUGUGGAGACAUAACAACCUUGCAAGGCAGCCAUGUGCUUAAUUUUAUUUAUGACAAAAUAGCCGAGGUGCUAUUGCCGGACGUGACAAAACUGGUAAAUUUGACCAGAUUAUAUCGAGACUUUGUAAUCUGACCCGACAGUGAAUUCUUUGCAUGCUUGUAUGAUUCAUAUUAUAAAAAUAGGAGUUGUGAUUAGUAUACAUGGGUGUUGUUUUGAUAUUGAUUACAAGUAGUUAGUAGUUACCAAGCCAAUUGCGUGUUCACUUGCAUGAUUCAUUUAUUCUUCAUACCGCAAAUACAAUAAAUAUAUGCAUGACGGAUGUCUAAUUAAAUCCCAUGUAACUGUGCACUAUUGUCUUAUUAGUUUGCAAUACCUGAAAUGAACAAUAGCCAUUCAAAAUUAUUUAAAACAAUUGUCUGGUAUCAUGAAAUAAAAAAGUGCCAAC